GUUUCCACGUGCUGGCAGAGAUUUCAGAAGCCAACAAUCCGGGCUGCCCGGCUGAAUUCCUCAACCUGGCGAUCCCUCCAGACGACCCUGUCUUUGACCCCAACAGCUCUCAAGAGGUUGUCCUGCCCUUCCAACGAAUGAGUUGGGCUGCAGGCACAGGACGAAGCCCCAACAAUCCCCGAGAGAUGAUAAACGGAGUGACUGGCUGGUUGGAUGGAAGCGCCAUCUAUGGCUCAUCCCACGUCUGGAGCGAUUCUCUCAGGAGUUUCUCCCAAGGAAAGCUACUUUCUGGAAAGAAAGAAGGCUUCCCCAAGCAGACGGAAGCGAACAGCUUAAUGUGGAAAGCUCUCGAUCCAGCUACAGGGAAGGGUGGAACCGAAGGCAUCUUUGACUUUGGAAAUGCCAAAGCCAAUGAAAACGUCUUCCUGCAAGCCAUGAGCGUCGUGUGGUUCCGCUAUCACAACCACUGGGCAGAACAGCUGGCCAAGCAGAACACGAACUGGUCAGAUGAGGAUCUAUUCCAACAUGCACGCAAGAGAGUCAUCGCCACUUACCAGAACAUCGUGUUUUAUCAGUGGCUGCCAAGCGUUUUGGGGAAUACAAGCAUCAAAAAUUAUGAAGGUUACAAGCAGCAUGUAGAUUCUCGCAUCUCUACAGAAUUCCUUGUGGCUUCUGCACUCUUCCUUGGCACGAAAGUCCCAUCUGGGGUCUAUAUGAGGUUAUUCACUGCUGAGGAGAUUGCGGCCAUUAAGAACACGACCCUCCAUGAUGUUCUUGCUGCUGUUAUGUACACAAAAAAUAUCCAAGCGGACGUGUUCAUGUGGAAGAAUGGUGAUCCAUGCCCUCAGCCCAGACAGAUGGACCUGCAGGGACUCCCUUCCUGCAAACAGAUGACCGUCAUAAAUUACUUCAAAGGGAGCGCUGCUGGUUUCGGAAUCCUCAUCGCUGCCCUCUGUUGCUUGCCAUUAG